CACACAGGCACAUACAAGGAGAACCCCCAAAUCCACCACAGCAAACAGUUAGAUGUCUGUGGCAGGGGAGGGGUUUCUCACAUUAUCUACUGUAUGUGGUGCCAGUAGAAGACCAGUAUUAACUAGCAGCUAUAUGUCAGUCCCAUUUCACUGUAGAACCGUCACACUCCAAAUGAUUUGUAAUAUUUGUCGUCUGCUCGGUUGGCUUGCUGUGCUAAGGAACCAUCGUGGUAGUGUCUUCUCCAGCGAUGUUCAAAGAGGCCCUGGUUUUUGUAAAUGCAAUACUUGAGGCACAGAGGGAUCGUUAGAUAACCAUCAGAAGUGGGGACUGCAGAGAUGUUUUGUUUUUAAGUCCUAUUUAUUCUGUGGUUGAAACUGCAAACUAUGUUGGUUGAUCAUGGAGAGGGAGUGGCAUUUGUAAUGGUGUGUUCACUGCUUACAUUCUCUCUCUCUCCACAGUUACAAAAAAACCAGGCUGUUCUAUGGCAUCCAUAAUUUCACGAUGACCAUUUUGGCUAGGCCUGUGUUCUGGUGAUGAAAGAUGACAAUGAAAGAAAAGACCUGAGCUACUUACAGACGCCUUGAAAAAGUCUAGCAUGUGAACAUGUCAAGAUAUGGUUUGCAAUAGUUGAUUGGCUGGUUUCAAAUCUUAUCUGCUGUUCGGAAAACGAUUUAUGUACGAUGUGCGUUGCAAGUUCACGCAACAUACCCUCGCUGUGCGUUUUAAAGCUCACAUGGGUGCCAAAUUAGGUUACGAUGCUGUCAUUUUCAGCGAGCCCGGAAUUCCUCCAGACCGACGCACUUUGAUCUUCUCCUCUCUAGUGUGACUUGAAAACAUGGCUAUAGAUGCUGUUUACACAUCAGAGCCCAAUGGCUUUCACUGUUUCGGGUUGGAGGCCCUGUAGCAUGCGAGCUAAGGGAGUAGAAGCUUCUCUUUUGAUAUCUAUCUGAUCGCUUCGCCAUGGAUCUAUCUCCCCAUUGGCACGGUGUCUCUCUCUACAAUGCACUGGGCUGCCGGUGGUGGAUGCCAUAUUCCUCUAGAAAAACCCCAAAUUGUUGAUUUUCUAAACUUUGUUUAUUGGGAUUUUUCAAGGAUAUUGUUGGUUUUCUGCACGAAUAUUGUGAUAGGUUUGUAUCUUGAACAUAUGUUCCUGCUAAAUAUCCAUGUCUUUAUGAAGGCAUGAAAUUGGAGAGAACUCGCUUGGACACCUUGUCGUCCUUUUUUGAGCUUGUUUCAUGUUUGGUUGACAUCGACGUGUCUGAGAACUGAUGAAUGACUGAAAACAGCUGGCAAUGUUGAUGUUUGAAUGCGCUUGACACCGUUCCAGUAGGUCGAGUUGAGUUGGACAGGGCCACUCCAAACAGGCAGACGGACAGACAGACAGACAGACGGACAGACUUAAUCAUUGCCUCCCCUCUGACAUAUCUGCGGGCUGUGCUUCGAAUGCACUCCAGACUUCGACCUGAUCCAAAGAAGUCUCCAAAGAACAGUUACCAACAAAAUAAAAUCUUGCUCGCCUGCCGAGUGUUUCCUUCCUUCUUUCCAUUUCUAACUGUAGGAUGUGGGAUCGGCAUCGGAUCCAAACAGUGCAUGCAUGGUUGUUGUUAUCCUUAAUCAGCAUGUGUUGCAAGAUUAGCAACGAGCAAAACAAUUUUUUUCCCCAACAGGAUCAAAGAGGAAAGGCACGGAGUGUGAGCCCAGAGAUGUGAUGAAGCGAUUCACUGACAACUUUCUCGCUGAUUGAUUGACCAGUGGGAUGAGGCGAUCAGGCAUAAUGAACACACAGUUAAAUGGCUGCUAAUAGAAGGCGGGAGGCCUUCAACCACUAAAAAGAGCUAGCUAUGGUGUGUACCCCAUCUGCAAGGGCUGCUCGGUGUGCUCCAAGGACAAUGGCUGCGUGAACUGCCAGCCCAAGCUCUUCUUGUUCCUACGGAGGGAGAGGAUGAGGCAGUACGGCGAGUGUCUCCACGCAUGUCCGACGGGAUACUAUGGCAUUCGAGCUCCGGAGAUCAACACGUGCUCCCGGUGCAGGAUAGAUAACUGUGAGUCCUGCUUCAGUAAAGACUUCUGCACCAAGUGCAAGGCAGGGUUUUACCUGCACAAAGGGCGCUGCUCCGAGAAGUGCCCCGAGGGCUUUGCGCCCCUGGAGGACACCAUGGAGUGUGGAGAAGGCUGCGAGGUGGGCCAGUGGAGCGAGUGGGGGUCCUGCACCAGGAGAAACAAAACCUGCGGCUUCAAGUGGGGUCUGGAGACCCGGACGCGGCACAUCGUGAAGAAGCCGCCCAAGGACACUAUACCCUGCCCCACUAUCGCCGAGUCCAAGAGAUGCAAAAUGGCCAUUAGGCACUGCAGGAGAGGAGAAUCAGGGAAGCACCGACCCAAAGAACCAAAGAAGAAGUCCAACAAGCAGAGGCUCCGGUUCCAGGCCCAGAACCAGCACAGUGACCACCUGGCCUCCAUGAGCUCCAGCCAGUAGAGGACUGGAACCCCCCUCCCCUUGGAACCUAAACAACACAAAGCUGCUAGCUGCUGCUCCACAAAUCUCUCCCCCCCCGUCAACCCACCCCCUGCCCCAGCACACAGUCACACUACACCCUAUUAAUGACCCUACACAUGUCUAUGGUUGUAGUAAAGUACACAUAUGCCCUCUGUCCCUGUCUCUCUCUGACUUCUGCUGCUUCCCUCGUACCGUAGAGUACCGCAUCGUAGUAUACCGCUGACAGAUCAGCCAAUCAGCUUCCCCCUUUGAGCCCACUGUGACAUCAUAGAACUCAUUGAAACAUUUGUUCCCUUUGCUCACACGUCAUGUACGUCUGGUUAGAACAAACCAAACGAGGGGGGCGACCGACACACACAGACGGACGGACUGAGGGCGCGAAGGAGCAGAAGGAGAAAGGGGGAAUGAGAUGGAUGUUGAUAAUAGUGAUGACGGUCCAGCUAAGGGGGCAAUGGAAGACGUUGAGACGAUGAUUCCGACGGAGAGAGGAAGAGCGUGCAAAGAGAUGGAAUGAGAGGAUGAUCAAGAGAAGAGGAGAGAUUUGGCAGAAGCAACGAGGGUGACGGCUCUAAGUGACAUCUUUAAAUCAUUUAGACUUUCUGUAUUUAUUUCAAAGCCAACUCUUAUUUUCCCCCCAUCGGAGGCGGUGUGUUCCAUGUACUGCCUGUUUGUUCACUAUGUACAUUUUUGAGAGUCAUGUUAAGAAAUACCAUGCAUAGUUGCAAUGUAUUUUAUUCUCAGCACAAAAUGUUUACGUCCAGAACCGCUUCAACUCUCUAACUGUAUGGUGUGGAUAAAUAAAUGUAGUUGUUUGACUUAGCAUGGCAAAAAAACUCAUGUGUACAUAGUUGAUGAGUUUAUCCAAUUAUAAAACCUAUUACUGUGUUUUCGGUAUUGACUCUCCUUCAGCGUUCUAAAUGUUUUAGUGAAAAGGUUGUAAUAUCAAGCCACAGUUUCAAAAAGAUUGAAAACAAAGUAAUAACCAUAGCCACCACAUAGCUAUUACAUUUAUAUGGUAUAUAUUUGAUUUAUUUAUUGAUUCUAUUUUGUACUUUUGUGUUCGGUGACAAUUUUGUCUCAUACUGUUACUACUCUGUGCUGAAAUAUGAUUUGAAUCCCACAAUACAGAUAUCUUUAAAAGAG